AUGCGGACGGGCAAGACCCUGGUUACGAUUAACAGCAGUGGUCGUCAAGCCGCGAGUGUGGUGCGAGUGGCGGCAGCCAUUGGCUGGAACGUUCGUGCGCAGAUGCGCGAUCGCAAAGGGAUCGUAGCGCAGGAGAUUUGCAGCCUACCCAACGUCACCGUGAUCGAAGGCGAUCUGGAAGAGCCGGGCGUUAUUGCAGAACUCUUCAGCACGGAGAACGGGGGUGUCGACCUGGCCUUCAUCAACACCACGCACUGGGGUAACGAAUUUGCUGUGGGAAAAGCAUUGGCGGACGAAGCGAAGCGGGUCGGUGUGAAGCACUAUAUCUAUAGCACGAUGCCCGACCACUCAAGAUUUCGAAAGGGAUGGAAAUCGUUGCCACUCUGGGCACGCAAAGCAGAAAUUGAAGAGUACGUGAAAAAGCUCGGGCUUCGAGCGACAUUUGUGUAUACGGCGAUAUACCACAACAACUUUACGAGCUUGGAUUACCCGCUGUUCCGGAUGGAGUUGCUAGACGAUGGAAGCUUUGAGUGGAGAGCUCCGUUCCAUGAGCACGAUAAGCUCCCAUGGCUUGACGCUGAGCAUGACGUUGGCCCGGCAAUUCUUCAGAUUUUCAAACAUGGCCCGCAAAGAUGGCAUGGCGAAAGAGUCUGCCUUGCGUUCCAGAAUCUCACUCCCCUUGAAGUCUGUCGUGACUUCAGUAGGGCUCUGAAUCGGCCCGUUCACUAUGUCCGUGCCCCUAUCACGAUAUCUCUUCCUGUUCCGACGGGAUAUCGAGAACACCUAGAGAUCCUGGAAGAGGUUCUCGGCAACCAACGAGCUCCGUACUUCGGGCCGGACCUUCAAGAGAAGUGCUUGGAGGAAGCGUUAGAGCUAUGGGAAGGGUUCCGGAGCAUGGAAGAAUACGCACGCGAGGUGUUCCCCCUAGAAGAGGCCGCCAAUGGUCUACGGUGGAUGGAGGAGGACGGCCGAGAAUUCUUGUCCUAG